CCCGCCCGUGCUUCAAGAUGCCGAGGCGAUCUCACAAAGACAUUUUGCAUCCGAAAUCUCAAGCCGGGGCCUUUUAUCAGACGAUUCCCGUCAUUGUCGAUUUCCCAAUUAACCGUUUCCCUCAACAUCCAAAUACCCUGUAUACUCUGUAACGAAUGAACGCCUCACGACAAGCAAGCAAAAUGGCCAACAUCAACAUCAAAAUCAUCUCGGACCCUGUCUGCCCUUUUUGCUAUCUUGGCAAUGCCCGUCUGAACCGGGCGAUAGACCUGUACAAGAAGACGUACCCGGGUGGCAAGGACGACACCUUCAACGUCACAUGGCAGGCCUACUACCUCAACCCGACGGCGCCGGCCAAGGGCUUGCCCGUCAACGAGGUCAUGGCGUCGCGGUUCGGCGCCGAUCGGCUCGAGAUGAUGCAUGCGCACAUGAAGAAGCUGGGUGUGGCCGAGGGUUUCAACUUCACCUUUGGCGGCAAGACCGGGCACACGCGCGACGCGCACCGAGCGAUUCAGCUGGCCAAGUCCAAGGGCCCCGAGGUCGAGAACGCCGUCAUGACAUCCAUCAUGAAAAGCUAUUUUGAGGAGGACGGCGACGUGACGAGCUGGGACAUGAUUGUCGACGCGGCCGCCCGGGGCGGGCUGGAGAGGGACGAGGUGCGCAAGUGGCUCGAGGAGGGCAAGGGCGGGCGCGAGGUUGAUGAGCAGGUCGAGGAUGCCUACCGGAUGGGUGUCCGCGGGGUGCCUCAUUUUGUCAUCAACGACAAGUACGAGGUCGGCGGCGCGCAGGAGGUGGGCGAGUUCCUGAGACAAAUCGUGGCGGCCAAGGAGAAGGGCGGCCAGGGUUCGAGCGGAGGAGGUGGACUGUCAUGCUAAGAGCAUGCGAGAUUCGUUCUAUCAUCUCCUCGCAGCAUGUUGGGAGUAAAGAACAGGGGUUUAAAAAACAAUAAAAAAGGUCAACAUCAUAAUC